AUGUUUGAUCUUAGUUUUCCUGUUGUUCCUGGAUAUUCAAGAAUUGAAGACGAAGGGCAAAGCAGAUUAAAUUUAGCAGUAGGAAUGGCAAGUAGCUCCUUCAAACUAGAACAUGAGCUUGAGAAGAGAAUAGCAGAGGCUGCUAGCAUUAGGGCGAAAUACCCAGGCAAGAUUCCGAUUAUUGUGGAGAAGGCUGAAAGGAGUGACCUCCCAAGUGUUGACAGGAAACAGUACCUUACCUCUGGUGACCUUAGUGUAGGACAGCUUGUCUACCUCUUACGCAAACAGAUCAGGCUAACUGCAGAGAAGGCAAUGUUUGUAUUUGUGGACAACAUCCUUCCUCCUACAGGAGCAAGUAUGGCUGCCUUAUAUGAUGAGAAGAAGGACGAGGAUGGGUUUCUCUAUGUUACAUACAGUGGCGAGAAUGCCUUUGGAGAUUUGAUUUCCAUUCAGUAG